AUGGUGAUGUAUCUUCCGCAGCGAUCCUCUUCCGCUGGCAUGCGGAGCAUCCGCCGCGAGCUCCAGCGCAGGAGGUCCAAGCCCUUGGCGCCCACGAGGUCGGUCGGCAAGAAGCUGUCCGCGUCUCCGCCGCCGCGUCAGGGUUCGAGCGACGCCGUCCGAGAUACCCGACCUCUUACACCGCACCGGGCGGCCACUUCCUCGAUCAUCUCCCAUUCCCGAGGCUCCACCGUCGCCGACGCGUCAGCACAGUCCCGGCCUCGUGUUUCCUCGCGCUGCAUCGCAGCCUCGCCACCACCGCGGCCGCCUCGGUCCGUCCCCUCUUCGGCCGGGUCCGCGAGCCAAGCAAUUCCCGGCAUCGCCGCGCUUCUGAGGCCUGGUACGGUGGUUGGUGUCCGCACGAGGACCACGACGCUGAAGACGGGGCAGGUUCUCGUGCUCUGGCUCAAAGCCACGGUCGUGUCGUCCACCCACGGAGGCUACGAGGUCGUGUACGACGGCAACCGGCCAUCCGGCGAUCCCAAAGGCACCAUCCUCGUCCCGCGACACCACGUCAGGGUGAUCAAGACCUCUCCGUCGCCGACGACUCCACCGCCGUCCCUGUCUCCGCCCACCGCCGCGCAGAAGAAGGAGACGCUGCCUUUGGCGAGGCCGACCACGGCGGGGAAGAGCGUGCGCCUCAUCCGAAGCCUCUUGCCAGAGAUGGAGCGCCAGCGCCAUGCCCGGGCUGCCUUGUCAGGAAUCGGAUACUAG